AUGAGUUUGGAUGGAGAGACCCUUACUUUUGCUAUUCCUCCUGGCAGGCGCGUGUUCAUACCUUCACUGACCAAGUGUCAGCCAGUGGCUACGCCAGCGCCAGAACCUAUACCCGAUCAUCCAGUUGAACGUGAGGCUAGGCCGGAGCCUAAAGUUGAACCCAGGGUCAAAACUGAACAAGAAGCUAGCUCAGAGGAGAUUUCGAAUACAGAUACGUCACAAGUUGUUUCGACAGGGCCUCAAGUUUGUGAUCCAGACCGGAGUAUUGCCCAGGAAUAUAUAAUGAGUAACAACCAGAGUGUUAUCACCGCGAACCUCGCAACAGAACCUAAUAAUUCCUCAGCAAGAAAUGAAAAUUGUUUUGGUAACAAAGCAAUUGUUGAGACAUCUAUACCCCAGAACCGUUCAGGCAUUAACACAACUAUGGACAUUGAUCCAUCCAACGAUGUUACUCCCAGUGUUGAAUCAGAAGCAGCCAAGGAAAUCAAUGGUCGUACGCAAAUGCGUUUUCUAGGAAAGCCCUUUAUUGAUGAACUUCUAGAUGAUAGUGAUGACUGCAGUAUCGUGUCUGAUCCACCAGAUAUGAUUGAUGAGAUAGAUGAUGCGGAUUUCCACAGAUCCUUACAAGAGCUUGGACCUUUACCACCUUUAAAUACUCCAUAUGUGCCGUUCAAUUUCAAGGCAGAUCCUUCCGGUUCUAGAAAAGUUUCAUCAUCUACUGAGCCUGAAGUUGCGGUCGUAGGGGUGCUGCCAACUGGCCAUACUGAUGCUACAAAUGGUGCUUGGCCCGAACGGUCUCACCCAUUGGUACCAAAAGACGAUACAUGUGAAUCUUCUACCCUUAUGGAAACAGCAAUCGCAACGGAAACUGAGCCGCAAGUCUCCGAAAUAUCCCACCAACCACAUACCAGCCAGUCCAACGGUCAAGCAUCCGUACAUCCAAAAGUUGAUACAGGCGAUAAUACUCAAACAAAAACCAGAACACCAGAUAUUUGGCCAGAAACAUCGAAUCAGCCAAGUCUUGGUUCUCCUGGUACUCUCAGCACGAAGCCCGGAGUUAUGUUGGAAGUGCCAGAUAAAACGAGCUUUCCUUCCGAGGGUAGAAAUGCCCCUGUUCCUGAAAGUCCCAAUGGCGUCGAGCCAGUAAUAUUCCCAGGCGUCACAGGACCUAUGUCUUUGAUUAGAAAGAUUCACGAAAUUGAUGGCCGAGAAUCGUCUGCCCGAGUCGCAAAUGCAUGGAUGCUUUUCCGUUGCAUCAGAAACAACCAGGACAUGGGUACACUUUGGGAGGUCCGGCACAGCUGGUAUACCCGAUCAAAACGGUGA